AUGGUACGACAGUGGCAUUCUCUUGCAUUUGAAUACGCUAGUGUGAGCUUGACAUAUGAAAGCGACAUUUCUCCUGCGCUUCAGGGAAUCGCGGCGCGUUUCCAAGAGAGUCGACACACUGAAUACCUUGCUGGCUUGUGGGCGGAUUUUCUGCCACUUGAUCUGUUCCGGGCUGUCAAACGAGCAAGCAAUGUGUGGUGUCUUUUUAGAGAAUGUGCAGACUACCGAGCACCAACUUGGUCUUGGGCAUCACGCAUUGACGCACAACUUACAUGGCUCAACUGGUGGGAACAUACGAUAUUGUAG